AUGGCUCGUUUCCUGUCAGAAGAUAAACUGCGAGGUUUUGAAAAAUACAAAUAUAAUUCAAUUGACACUAGUUUACUAAGUAACUAUGUUAUGCAUCCGUUUUGGAAUUGGUGUGUUCAGUUUUGCCCGGUGUGGGUGGCACCAAACCUUCUAACCUUUUCUGGCUUCCUACUGACAGUCCUUAACUUUUUAUUGUUCUCCUACUAUGAUUAUGGAUUUUACGCCCUUACAAAGGAGAAUAUUACCAAUGAUCAUAUACCCAGCUGGGUAUGGGCAGUCUCGGCAGUUAAUUUAUUUGUGGCUUAUACUCUUGAUGGCAUUGAUGGCAAGCAAGCUCGACGUACAGGCAGCAGUGGUCCCUUAGGUGAACUUUUCGACCACGGCCUUGACUCAUACUCCGCAGUUCUUAUACCUACAUGUCUUUACAGCAUAUUCGGAAGGGAUGAGCUGAGUCCGAUAAGAUUUUACUUUGUAUUAUGGAAUAUAUUUUUAAACUUUUAUCUAACUCACUGGGAGAAGUACAACACGGGUGUCAUGUUCUUACCGUGGGGAUAUGACUUUACCAUGAUUGGCUCGUGCGCGCUGCUGCUGGUGACGUCGCUGACGGGCCCGCGCGCCUGGCACGCGGCGCUGGCGGGCGGGCUGCGGCCCGGCGCGCUGUUCGAGCUGGCGCUGUACCUGUCCGCCGUGGCCACCAGCCAGACCGUCAUCCUGUGGAACAUCUACAAAUCAUAUCGCGACAAAUCUGGCAAGAUGCGUUCAUUUUCAGAAGCAAUACGACCUCUUAUACCACUGGGAUUAUUCUUCAUAUUGAGCACUACAUGGGCUGUUUACUCGCCUACCGACAUUCUGAACAGGAGUCCUAGGCUGUUUUACGUACUGACAGGCACAAUCUUCUCAAAUAUUAACUGCCGGCUGAUCGUGUCUCAGAUGAGCGACACGCGCUGUGAAGCGCUGAACCCGCUGCUGGCGCCGGUCGCGCUGGCGCUGGCCGCCGCGCUGGCGCUGGCCUCGCCCGCCGCGGAGCUGGCGCUGCUGGCGGCCCUCACCGCCCUCGCCACCGUCGCGCACGUACGAUACGGCGCUGGAGUGGUACGCGAAAUGUGCCAACAUUUUAAAAUCUCAUGUUUCCAAAUAAAACCAAAGAUUAAAUAG